GACGAAAAGAAAGAACACGUGAACAAGUCGUUCUUUAUACGCGCAAAGAACUGUGGGUGUCAAUAGGGUAAAUAACCCCACCGGAGUUUUCGCGCAUUAAUUAACAAGCACAGUUAUUAGAUAAGCUUCCUCGAGGCCCGAUUUAGGUAUUUUGAUUUUAUUUCUCUCUAAUCUGAAUUAUCUCCAGUUAUCAUUCCAUUCGAGUGCUUGAUGCUUGGAACAUGCACUGCUCUUAAAUAAGCGCCGUAUUAUCACCAAAUUUAAAAAUGUUCAGUUGUAUAAAAUAUGACUGGAUUCACUGCGUACAUAUCAAACGCCUACUACUCUAACUUCUAAGGUCUAUGGCCGAGUAUAUCGCAUUAUUUACUGGAAAAGUACCAUAUAUUUACGAUUUCAAAUCUCCAGCCUGGAGCUCAAACAAGUGAACGUUAAAAUACAUCAGCCAUCUUAUUUGUCUUUACUUCAAUUUGUAAUGUACCUGUUCGUGAGUACUUUUGCCUAUUUAAAUUUGUCAUAAUGGUGAAAACGUUCCCUUCGAUUGAUUUGUGUCGUUUAUUAUUGUUUUUUCUCAAAUUUAGAUCGAUAAUUCGAACAAACCUGAACAAACACUCUACUGAGAGCAUGGAUAUCUUCUUGUUAUGAAAACUUGAUAUUUCACUGAAUUUAUUGCUCAAGAGAUUUUCGGCAGUGAUUGUGUGUUUCUCCGUUCACGUUGAAAGACAUAAGCAUAUAAUCAUAAAAAACAUAAAAUCAUCAUCGACAAACUUUUAUUAUGCGUGGGUCGAACAAAUCAACUACCCGGAUAGUUUGCCGAAUUCAUAAACGCUAUAGUAGCUGCGAAAUCCUCUAUAUCCGGAAAUCAUGUAAAGCUGCCAGUCAUAUCAUCACACCUGGUGAAAUAACGGUGUUAAAUGAACAGUUUUCCUAAACACCAGGAUACUUGAUAGCAUUACAUGUGAUAAUAUUAUGCCAUAUAUUCAAAUUUUGGACAUCUAAACAAAGAGAAAUUCCUUCGUUAUGCUUUGAUGUCGUCAUCGGCAUUGUGUGUCGGAGUAUUUGAACAUUAGUACGCAAACUGUCAUUGAAAUAACAUCAGGAGUUCAGCGCUGUUCAGAACUAGUUUUAUAUAUAUACUCGUUCAUUUCUACAUUCCUUGUCAGUGCGAUAUGAGUGAUUUUGAGUCGGCACAGAUAUCUCAAGGUACACGAACUCCAAAGUGUACGAGGUGCCGAAAUCAUGGUGUGCUUUCUGAUCUUCGUGGGCAUAAACACCAGUGUGUUUGGAGAGAUUGCUCUUGUUCAAAAUGUGAACUGGUUUCAGAAAGGCAACGAAUCACGGCCGCCCGUAUUGCUCUCUACCGACAACUCAAAAUAGAAGAACCAGUAAUGACGAGUAGUUCACAGAGAGCUAGCGGAGAAAGUACGCAUAAUUCAAAUGAAGCGAGAGAAUACGAGCAAUGGAAUUCUUACACCGACAGAUCAGAACAAGAAAAAAGAAAAGCGGAGGUCCAAGAUGAUGCAGCCGAACCAUCAGAAACAAAGAGAGUCAGAGUCCCUAUAGAUAUUCCACUUAGCUGCAUCACAAACCCCAGUCCCACACCGUCAGACAUCGAACUUCUCACAAGACUCUUUCCCAGUCAGCAUCGCUUUCUGCUCGAAAUGGUCCUGCAAGGCUGUUUUGGCAACAUUCUUCAUGCGAUUCAAGUAAUCACAAGAACCUCGUCAUCCACGCCGUCGGGUACCAAUCCCCCAGUAAUACCCGCGCAGCCUCCGACAACGUCUCUCCCUUCGACGUCUAGUACCGACUCUCCCUUACUUAAUCUUGGCGCAAGUUUCAUCAACAGCACCUAUCGCUACCUUUACCCUGGAUAUGUACCCCCACCAUCCUACGUGUAUUCCGGAUCUCCGGGUAUGGGGUACUUUCGUCCGUACUUCUCAAACAUCGCUACUACGACAAGCGCAAGCACAAACAGUGAACCAAGUCAACCAACGGCGAUUCAUGAUGAUGGCCCCUCACAAACGACACAUAAGGAAUACAACAGUUUAGAUAUGACACCAUCACCGAGCCCCAAACGAGAGGAAACAGAAUAUUUGUGUCUGAAGUGUAACAAUAAACAGAAGAAUUGCAAAGUCUGUGAACGAUGUGGACAACAAAAUAUCAUUGUCAAUAUGAAUCACACUGAUAAUAUAUGAUUAUCAUGCAACUGACGCCUAACAAAAGGUCUGGCGAAACUAAGAUGAGGUCCAUGUGUUGUGCUGAAGAAUGUUCGGAUCUAUGGUACCAAGGAUUGUAAAGAUAUUCAGUGCAAAGGAAGUCAAUUUUCCUCUUUUAGUUGUUUUGAACAAGAUUUUUGAUGGUGGAUUACCUCAGGCAACAAUUGCACUACAGGAGCGGUAUAUAUUGCGCAUAAUUACCACGUUCGUCCACGCAUGUUGAGAAAAAACAAAGUUAUUUAUUAAUCACAUAUUAUAGUUAUUUUGAUAGUUGAAUAACUUUUUAGAGCUAACUUUUUUACUAUAUGAAUUUCUAUUAUAUUGUAUUUAUAUUCGUACUAUUCACUUACUUACACUUGUAUUUUAUGAAAGAUAAAUUUUAGAGCAAGAUUACGUGAGAUUAUUUUAUUUUAACUAAUGGUAACUUUCGCAAGUUCCAGCCCGUGUAUUCACUGUAGGAGACUGGGCGUGGUUAGAAUCCAUCAUACCACAUAGUUGGAGAAUAGAGACCACUAUGGAAAUGUAUCCAUAGUUUGUACAGGAUUAUGCACUUUCGAAACAAAGCUAGAUUUCUGAAAUCCUCCAAAGGAAAUGUUUUAUUUUCUAACAUGGUAAAAGGAAUUCUUCUAAGUUAAUUCUUCUAAAGAAUUCUUCUUUCUUGCGAUGACCGAACA